AUGAGGAAAUACAAGUGGUACUGUGUAUUAGAAGUAGAGAGAGUGAAAGUUACCCUUCCUCGCAGGUGCUCCACCAAGACAGCACUUUUUGACUUGGGUUACAAUACCUUCCCUCAGCUGUUAAAGCACAUUUGCACACUCCCAUUUUUUUUUCUUAUUCUAUUACUCUGUCCUCUCUCUCUCUGCCCUGCAACUCUUGCCUAUGACUACCUACCUGUCUUCUUUUUUUUCUAUCAUCAUCAUCAUAUCAAGUGUGUUGUUAAGAAAACUCUUCUCUUUCUUCGUCUCUUUUUGUCUCUUCUACUUCUGCCAAAUCCUUUUGACUGGUGUUUUAGCAAUCUAGGCAUGUUGCCAUUGUCAUUUUCUCAGGCCAUAUCCUUCUCCUCUCUCUCCUCCUUGCUCUUUUCCUUCUCUCUCUCUCCUUGCUCUUUUCCUUCUCUCUCUCUCCUUGCUCUUUUCCUUCUCUCUCUCUCCUUGCUCUUUUCCUUCUCUCUCUCUCCUUGCCCUUUUCCUUCUCUCUCUCUCCUUGCCCUUUUCCUUCUCUCUCUCCUUGCCCUUUUCCUUCUCUCUCUCCUUGCCCUUUUCCUUCUCUCUCUCUCUCCUUGCCCUUUUCCUUCUCUCUCUCUCUCCUCUUCGCCCUUCUCUCUCUCUCUCCUCUUCGCCUUGCCCUUCUCCUGUUUCUCCCCCUCCUUGUCUGUUUUACAAAGGAAUUUUAAACAAAAGUUCAUUGCCUUAUUGAGAAGGUUCAAAGUAUCUGAAGAGGCUCUGGAUUCAGAAGCCGACCAUGAAUUAGUGGAUCCGGAUCACAAUCCACCUGAUAUUGAAGAUUUAUUAGAUUUUGAGGAUCUGAGUGACAGUGGACCUGAACUUGAUACCCUCAGUGUUAUUUCUACACCUAAACCUCAAUUAAGACCGUUCUUUACUGCUAGAAGUAAUUUCAAUGAAAUUUCUGAUGUGCCAAAGGGCAGUCCCGUGAAAUGUGUUACUGACGACAACUUGAAGAGAACCGAUUCGGACAGUCAUGCGGAGCACGCCAGUCAGGAUAUUGAAAUCCAUCCUACAUCAUCAACAUCAUCGUAUCAUGAUGGCCAUGUUGCAGAUCAAAGGUCAGAAUUGGCCCCCAACCAAAAGGCGUCUCCUCAGCACAAACCAUCCGCCUUUCCGAGGGAAAGGAGUUUUUCGUACCGAGAAAGGCAGAAAAAGAAGAAUAAGCUUGAAGAUAGACGGAAUAGUACAGGCCAAGUUGAACAAGUGGUUCUAUAUGUAUGCUCCCCUGCUGCAGUGGAAUCUUCCAAGGACACCAGCGCUCCCCGGAAAGUUCUUCUUGACCAGCUAAGUUCUUUGGGAGGCAACUCAGAAGAUAAACUGCCAGAUUGCUUUUUAAUGGUCAACACAGCAGAAUGGCAAGGACAGUUUUUGAUUCAGAAAUGCCAAGAUAAACCACUGAAACUGAUCUCAACUUGCACAGCCGCAGACAUGAAAGCAGUGAUCAGUUUCCUUGUUACCAGAAUUCAAAAAUUUUGCAACAGUAAUUCCAAGAGUCCGUCACCCAUAAAGAUUGGAGUGGCUGGUAAUGAUGGUUAUAUCAAUUCCAUAUUACGUCCUUACGUUGAUCAAUUCUCUGUUAAAUCUCCUGAUUGGCAAAGCUAUGUCAGGUUUCUAGUCAUUCCAUUUGGUGCUAGCUCCAUUGGCAAAUACUUAGCCAAUAUUGAUUCUGUGUAUUGUUCCCUGUUUAUGGAUAAUUCCUGGAGGGAAACAUUUGAAAAGUCUGAAAAUCAAAAAUUAGAUUCUCAAGAAAUUUUCAACCGCAUUUCUAAAUAUUUGAGUAGUGCCAACUACCUUCUCCCUAUUCCGAUUGGAGAAGCAAUGGUCACAUAUAAAGGCAGGAACACAGAUGAAGAAUCAACACAGAUAUUUAUUCCAUUUAUUAGUGAGGUGAAGAUUGGCUCCCCUGAUUAUUUGAAUGCAUCAGUGGACAUUGAUGAAUCCCCUCCAUGUACUACGACCGUGUCAGGUUCCCCACCUUCACAAGCAGGCCCAGUUGAGAAGACCAAAGAGGGACACACACCACCUAAUUCUCCAAAUGUUAGUUUAAUGUCUCCUAGCCAGAGUCAACAAUCAGUUCCAGCAUCAGCUGCCCUCCCUUUUCUCACAGCCACCACCCAAUCGUCUGAGUACAUGGAGUUGCAAGUUGAGUACUGGACACUCACCUCCAAAACAGAAACUGGGGACAAAGACCGCAUUAACAAAAAGGAAUCUAGCAAGUGUUCCUUAAAGACAGCCUUCCGUUCAUUACAUGUGUACCGUCUGCCACCAACACCAAGUGAAACGCCAGUGUCUGCGGGAUUCUGCAUGGGAGUUGUGACCAAAGAAAAGAAACAAAAAAUUAUGCGAAUAGGCAAGAAAUCCAAAGACCCUGAAUCCAAGAGCCAAGUGAUUGAAGGAAUCAGCCGACUUAUUUGUACCUCCAAGAAUCACAAUUACACGCUGAAAGUUGUUGUUGAUGGCGUUGAAUGGACCGGUGUUAAAUUUUUCCAGUUGUCUUCACAAUGGCAGACACACAUCAAGAACUUCCCUGUGGUCAUUUUUUCAUACCAAGAACCUCACAUGUACAGCUCAGCUGUGUAUUCAGUCAGUACCACUUCCGUCGUCAGUAGUUCUCUCUUGUGCCAAUGUCCACCUUCUCUUCCUCUUUCUUUUCCAAAGGAAUAUCCAUAUUCUUCUCCCUUGGCAGACAAAUGGUUUGGCUACUGUAUACUUAUGGAACUUGAGAGAAAGACCAAGUCUCACUGA